AUGAACCGCAUUUUCGACGAGUACAGACGCACCGGCAAACUCGACGGUAGCAUGAGCAGCGGCAACAUGCACUACUCGCAGGCCCCGCCAAGCGCCUUUGCGUCCUACGCCGCACCCUCCGCGGAGGCGCAGGCGCGGUAUGUGCGCAUGCAGCAACGUGCGCGCCGGGCUGCUGACGUAGAUGAGGCGGUUGGCCUGCGCGUUAUUGUUGGCGUUGUUACUGUUGUCAUGUUCGCAAUCUUCGCCAUGGCGGGNGUAACAAUCUCACGGCGAAAGGCGGCGUGGAGGAAUGACAUCGCGUCCUCUGCACCGACCAACAGAGCGGAGCAAGAACAACAGCAGAAGCAGCAGCAGAGGACUCGCCUCAUUGAUCGGGAAGGAUAA